UAUCAUAUCAUUCAUGCCCUACUAUAAUGGGUAAAAGUUAUAAAAUUGUUGUUUUUGGGCGUUCUAAAACUGGAAAAACUUUAUUAAUAGAAUCCUUAUUUUAUAAUAACAGUUUUGAUGACAAAAUUAAAAAUUAUCGACCUACAAUUGAUGAUAUUUAUCCAUUCUAUAUUGAGUAUGAAAAAGGGAAUAAAGAUCGCACCCAUAUUUAUGAUACAAGAGGAUUAGAGAAUAUGGAUGAACAAUUUAUUCAAUAUUAUUUAUCAUUUGCUGAUGCUAUCAUUUAUGUGUAUAAUGCAUCUAUAAGGGAUAUAACACCAUCAAUUGGUAUAAAUAAUAAUAAUUUAGAAUAUGUCAAAAAAGAUUUAGAAAACAUUAAAAAUAAAAAGGAGAUCAAGCAAAUUUAACUUCCAACAGAGAAACAUUCCAUAUUCCCUUAUGGGUAUUUAAAGAUAAAG